AGGUAGGUAGGUCAUCUGGUAGAUGAACCUGCCGCUUGGUUGCUAACUUGAUUGUUUGCUUGUCCUUGAUUCAUUAAUAGGUCUGUUAUGAUUGGAUGCCAUGCAGUCGUACAGGUCAGAUGAUUCCAUUUAUUCUUUUAUCUGCGGAAUAUGAUGUCGUCGAUCCUGUCUCAAUAAUGACUCUUUCAUGCUCCGGCGAUAAAAGAUGUCUACGAGGAGGGUGUAGACAUAGGUACUUACUGGCUGGAUUAUAUAUGAUACAAAGCUAUCUGUUAGAUCUCCUUCUGGUUUGUUUCAUUGUCUGGAAGGUUUCUCUUGUUCGAUUGCGAUUUUUAUUCGGAGUUGUUAGAUUACUAUAUUUGUAAUGUAGUCUAGCACUGAUCUCUCAUGGCAGUGACAUUCGUAGCCGGAGUACAAAGCAGAUGCAUCACAAUUGACCCAACA